UCUCUAAUUUUGCAACGAUAAAUGCAAGUAAAUCAUCGUUUGCAAUUCAGCCUUCACAAGAGUGGUCAUAUUCUGAAAUGCUACUCUAAAAAUGGCAUCUUAAGGUUUGUUUUUGACUUUCAGAGUACCUGUGCACUGGAAUAAAACACCUGUGAUAUGGCUGUGGUUGGCCCAGGUCAGCUGACCCGGGGUAGUUUUGCAGGGCUAAAAAUUGCGGUGUAGAUAUUCUGGCUUGGACUGGACCCCAGAUUCUGGGAUCAUUGCGCCCCCCCGCCCUACCCCGCCCCUUGCAGAGUCCCAGAGCUCGAGCUCAGUUUGCAAGUCAAAAGAUGGAUGGAAAAAAAAUCAGCUUGGAAUCUGAAAGUCUCAAACUGUUCUUCCUGGCUCAUGUGUUAUGUUUUAUCUGGUCCUGAAAAGAUCAGAAGAAUGGUUGAAAUUCUGAGGUCUGAUGUGGUGCAAGGGCUGGGAGUGAAACUUCUAGAGAAAGUGUAUGACAUCAUGGAGGAAGAUGAUGAACUGAAGAGAGAGGUUUGUAAAGAGGCUCUGCUUAUAAACAAAGACACAAGGGAAAAAUGACAUUCAGAAAAGUGAACAUUGCCAUCCUUGUACUUGCUAUUGUUAUAUUUUUAUUAGUUCUGCAUCACAACCUUCUAGGUCUCAGUGACUUUUUGAAACGAGAUGUAGCAGAUUCAAGUUCAUUAGGACUCCAGCCUAUAGAUUUCAUACCCGAGGCUCCUCAAAGGCUGACUGAUGAAAGAAAUGAUCAGGAAAUUCCUGUAGUCAUUACAGCAUCGGAUGACCGGCUUGGAGGUGUAAUUGCAGCCAUGAACAGCAUUUACCAUAACACUAAAUCCAACGUGGUGUUCCAUAUUGUCACUCUAAAUGGUACAGUGGACCAUUUGAGAGCGUGGCUGAGUAAAACUGCUCUGAAAAAGGUGAAAUACCGAAUUUUGGAUUUCGACCCUCAUGUUUUGGAAGGGAAAGUGAAAGUGGAGUCUGAACAGGCAGACUCCAUAAAACCAUUAACCUUUGCAAGAUUCUACUUACCUAUGUUCGUUCCUCAUGCAGAGAAGGCCAUAUACAUGGAUGAUGAUGUAAUAGUGCAAGAUGAUAUCCUUGAACUUCACAACACACCACUGAAACCUGGCCAUGCAGCUGCAUUUGCAGAUGACUGUGACUCAACCGCUAAUAAAUUUGCCAUCCGUGGAGCAGGGAAUCAGUACAAUUAUAUUGGAUUUUUAGACUAUAAGAAACAAACAAUCCGGAAGCUCGCCAUGAAAGCCAGCACCUGCUCUUUCAAUCCAGGGAUCAUUGUUGCCAAUCUAACAGAAUGGAAAUUACAGAACAUCACUAAGCAAUUGGAGAAAUGGAUGACACUUAAUGUAGCAGAGGAGUUAUACAGCAGAACUCUGGCAGGUAGCAUUGCCACACCACCACUGCUAAUAGUAUUUUACAAGCAACAUUCUAAUAUUGAUCCCAUGUGGAACGUCCGACAUCUUGGCUCUCGCACUGGAAAAAGAUAUUCUCCUCAGUUUGUGAAAGCUGCCAAGUUGCUCCAUUGGAAUGGGCAUUUCAAACCCUGGGGAAGAACAGCUUCAUAUGCUGAUGUCUGGGAGAAGUGGUACAUCCCGGAUCCUACUGGCAAGUUCAACCUGAUCCGCAGACACUCUGAGAUCUAUGAGUCCAAGUAAAAUGGAUUUUAUGAACUAUUGUCAUUUUCUCAGGAAACUCUUGGAGCCAGCAGUGUUUCUUUCAGCUGAUUUGUAUUACACAGCGCUCCUUGCUUCUCUGGAGCACAGGGGAAAGUACAUUUUCAGGUGAAAUAAUCAACUGUACCAAACUGCAUCCCUGAAGAAGAGACUUAUUUCAAAUAUGAUUGGGGAAACGUAGUCCAGCCGCACUAUGAAGAGUGGAGAAACACCUCCAUGAACUAGCAUUUUUGCUAGGUAAUUCCUUUUAAUUACAUUCUUCCAGUCCAGUGCUAGUGUUCUAGGUUUGAUAAUUUUGUCAGCUACAGAAAUAGAUGUCUCGUUCUUAGGAACAGUUAUCUGGGUGAAAGCCACACGGAAAUCUUGCACACCAAUUUAUCAUAAUCAAAAGCUGCUACUAGCUUCUUGUUACCUUAUCUUAUCCUCUGGAGCUUUAUAAAAGGCACUUUCUCUUGCAUGAAGACCCACUCACCAUUUAUAUUUAACCCUUUCUUGUGUAUGAACUAUAUUUUUCAAAGGCUACUUCUCAAGUGUUAUUUCACUGAAUUUUUUUUGUGAUUGCCACUCAGCACAAACUGUUUUUAAAUGUGUGGUGUAAACUAAACUUUGUUAAAAAAUAAAAUGAUUUAAGGUUAA